UAAACACACCUACCUGCAAUUUUAUACCUGACCUGACCCAGCUGUCUGCAGGCUGUAAUAAGCAGCAGAGUGGAACCUGGCUGCACUUUCUCCGCCCUCCACCUUCAAGUCCUGACACAACAACACCACAUCUUUUCUCACUGUAGCUUCAGCCAGCAGGUGCUUGCAGGGAUGGUAGAGGGGAAACCGUAUCGGUACGGGCUGAUAGUGGCAGGCCUGUGUGUGGUGGCGGUCGGCCUCUUCAUCAUGACUCAGGAGCGACUGCAGGUCUAUGCCACAAUGUGCGUCCUGGGCGUCACCAUGGUGUGUGUCGGGACUACGUGGAGCCUGUGCCAAUGCUAUCCCAAGGUCACUUUGGCUGCUCAGAAUCAGGAGAAAAAUCCAGAGGAUCUAGUUUGUACUUCAGCUGAAGCAACAGACCAAAGACAUGCUGAUGCUCUACCAGGUUCGAACAGCAGCAGACUGAUGAGCCAGUGUCAGAGCUGUCCCACACUGCACCUGGUCUGAGGCCCUGCAGGGCACCACACUGAAGUCUGCACAGAGAUGAGAGUCCGCUGUUGAAUGAUGAGAUCACUCACACUAAGUGCCGUUUAAAUUUGUACAAAUUAUAGAAAGAAGUGAUUCUAUAUGAACUGUUUUGUACCGCUUCGUGUCGUUGUGACGUGCCCUA